GCCACACGUUAACAACAGAGCGGUGUUCACCAACAUAACGUGAAUAACUUAUAUAAAAUAAUAGUAGUUUUCGUAAAGUGUAGUGUGUAUUCUGUGUGAUUACCUCGAGCUAGUGAAAACCAUUUGCUUUUUUUUGUUGUUGACAUUUUGUGUUUACAAAAAACUUGACAAAGUGCGGAGGGUUGCUGGGCGACUAACCUAGUAAACAACUUCUAAUGUACACAGCAGCAGUUUCUACCCGAGCAGAAGGGGAAUACAGAAUGGCAAAUGAAGUGUUUCUGUAAACAACAUUAUUGUUAAAAUAAUAAUAAUAAUAGUAAUAAUAAUAAUAAUAAUAAUCGAAAUAACACAGCAUGGAUACUCGGGUACCGUACUUGCCAACAGUUUUGCACAGCAAAGGGAAGAUACCCAAGAACCCUGCAUUGCUUCUACCACAGCUCCCACAGGUCUGCACAAAGCCAAAGUGGCAGGAGACUGGACCUUCCUUUCUCCUGAAAGCUGAACAAACAGAAGAUGGACACAAUGCAUUUGGUGCCAAAACAACACUGUCAUCUAGAGACUCUUUUGCUCUCAGACACAAGCGCAAGGGGACCUUGGAGCUGGGACCCUCUAUGGAAAGCCAAAAAGAAGUCAACGGCGCGGCAGCCGAGUGUUUGACCUUGAAGCAGCGCAGCAACUACUCCCAACCAAAGAAGGACCGCGAGCAGUUCCGCAGCGCCCUUGUCAAUAUCAUCAUGCAGCAAGACUCUGCUACCGGCCAGCCCUGUCCUUUGGAUGAGGUCCUGCCGCCAACAUCUGGAUCUCCAAAUGCCACAGAAAGGGAUAUUUUGAGGUACUACUAUUACAUCCACAAUGGCAUUGACACGGAGCAUGUGGCUGCAAUGGAGGACUCCUGGCUGGAAAAUGUGCUGGCUCUGGUCCCAAGCCACCUGAAAAAGCUCACUGACACCAUUGAGACACUCUCAGAUGAAAUGAGAGAAGAUUACCUACUCAGUGUAAAGAAAGCUAUUGUGGAUUUUGUUCUGAAGGAUCCCAGAGAAAAGGAAGAGGACAAGGUGAAAAAUAUUCCUCCUCAUAGAGCUGAGUUGGAAAUUGUGCCACAGCCUUGGAAAAAGUCAUUUUUGACGGCUCGCAAAAUCAUGAAAGCCAAACUAAAUGCCAUAAACCCCACAAUGCUGGCCGUGCUGGACCUGUGGCAUGUCUCUUUCAAAAACCUGCGAAUGAUUGACGUGGAGGAGUUCCACAAUCGGCAGGAGUCGAUGGAGCUGUCUCUCUUUCAGAACCUGGUCAUGAGACACAUUGAAUCUGCCAAAGAGAAACUCCUCAAAAAGUGGUUUCCAGAAGUUCAGAAUAUUUAUUACCAAGGGAACAAACGCAAGCUUGUCCCCAGUAACAGCAAUAGUGCCAAACUGCAGUCCUUCUUUAACAGUGCUGCGACCCUGAUGACUGGGCAGCUGCAGAGUCUAGCGCUAGACUCCAUUCAGGACUUCACCAAUCUCAUCUCUCAGCCCACGGAUUCAGUCCGUGCCUUUGAGCACCCUGGUUUCAUCAUGAGGCUCAUCCUGGACAAAACUAGCAUCAAAUUCGAGCCAGAGUUCAAAGACUUUGAGAUUGUCCUCCUCAAUGUGUACGACGUCAUAAUUAAAUCUGUCAGCCUGGUUCCAAGAGUGGAGACUAAACUGUACUCUGAAUGGCCCGGUUCAAAGUCAAGGAGUAUGCUAAAGCCGAUAGUGCUGCCGGAGAUCUUAGAGGAGCAGUACAAGGUGGUGAGGCAGGUGGUGCAGAGGGAGAGUGUGGGUCCUCAGGCACACCUGCAUCUCUAUGACAAGUACAUCAUGCUGGUCAACAGGCAGGCUGAGCUGGAAGUGGAGCAGUUCCUGCAUGAGAAGCACUCUUUCAAGGAGACCGUGAGGGAGGUCGCCAAGUACCAGAGCCUGGCCAAUGAAAUCCAGUACAACUCCAUCAAGAUGACACGCAUGGGGAUGUUCGAGCUGCACUGUGAUGAGUUGAUCAGGUCGCUGGUCAAGCGGGCUGAAGGACUGUGCGACAAAAUCAUAGCCAAGCUGUUAAAGGACCACCAGGACACAAACAGACAGCUAUGUGAGGACUUUGAGGCGAUAGCAGAGAAGGCAUUGAGCACCCCUCCGAACACAGAGAAACUGAUGGAGCUCAAGGCGUAUGUGAAGAAGGUGGAAACUCAAGACAUGCUGGAGAUAGAGCAGAAGCUAGUGGAGGCCAAAGACCGUCUUUCCUUUCUUGUUGACUGUGCCAAUUUCUCCCCUGUGGAUAUGCGGCUCAACAGCAGUACCUUCCAGUGGUUUAUGCGGCUUCCUGAAGUCUUUGAGGAGCACCGGCAGAUUGUCAAGGAGAAGACGGAUCAAUACCAGGAUGGGCUGAAGCUGCGCUGUGACCGGUUUGAGGAGGAACUGGAGAGUUACAGCAAGCAGGUAGAAGAGUUUGUCACCUUUGGAGACAUGUCUGAGCUCAACAGAUAUCUCAGAAAAGCUCAGGCUCUGAAUUCAAAGCUGGACCUUGCUAUGGAAAAGAUUGAUCAAUUUAAUUUGGAAGAAGAGGCUUUUGGCUGGCCUGUGUCGCAGUACCCUCAACGGAAGAAGAUCCAGGAGAAGCUGAUGCCCUACCUGCGCCUCUACGAGAUGACGACCGAGUUCCACACCAAGCACAAGGAAUGGAUGGAGGGGCCACUGGCCAUGGUCAAUCCUGACAAGGUGGAGCUGGACGUGGGCAAUUAUUGGCGAGGCCUCUACAAGCUGGAAAAGGGCUUCCAGGACUCCCCCAAUGCCUUGCACAUUGCCACCAAGGUCAAGGAAAAGGUGGAGGAGUUCAAGGAGCACAUCCCCCUGGUCCAGGUGCUCUGUAACCCAGGGAUGCGUGACCGCCACUGGGAAGCUAUGUCAGAGAUUGUGGGCUUUGAGCUGAAACCCACGAAUGAGACCACAGUGUCCAAGUCCCUCACCAUGCACCUGGAGCCCUUCCUUGACCGCUUUGAGGGCAUCAGCGAGGCAGCCAGCAAGGAGUACUCUCUGGAGAAGGCUAUGGAGAAGAUGGUGAAGGAGUGGGAUGAGAUCGAGUUCAGCCUACUCCCCUACCGGGAGACUGGCACCUACAUCCUGUCCUGCAUCGACGAAGUCCAGAUGCUACUGGACGAUCACAUCGUUAAGACCCAGACAAUGCGUGGAUCCCCCUUCAUCAAGCCCUUUGAGAGAGAGAUCCAUGCCUGGGAAGGCAAGCUGCUGCUGCUUCAGGAGAUCCUGGAUGACUGGCUGAAGGUGCAAGCCACCUGGCUGUACCUGGAGCCCAUCUUCAGCUCCCCGGACAUCAUGGCACAGAUGCCAGAGGAAGGCCGCCGCUUCACCAGUGUAGAUAAAACCUGGAGAGACACCAUGAAGCAGGUCUUACUGGACAAGCAUGUUCUGGCAGUGGUGGCCAUAGACAAGAUGCUGGAGAAGCUGAAGAAAUGCAACGAGUUCCUGGAGCUUAUCCUGAAGGGACUCAACGAAUACUUGGAGAAGAAACGACUCUUCUUCCCACGGUUCUUCUUCCUCUCCAAUGACGAACUGCUCGAGAUCCUCUCCGAAACCAAAGACCCCACCAGAGUGCAGCCCCACCUGAAGAAGUGCUUCGAGGGCAUUGCAAAGGUGGAGUUCACAGACGUGCUGGAUAUUACCCACAUGAAGAGCAGCGAAGGGGAGGUUGUGGAGCUAAUCAACAUCAUUUCCACCUCCAAGGCUCGUGGACAGGUCGAGAAGUGGCUGCUGGAGCUGGAGUCUGGCAUGCUACGUUCUCUACACAAAGUAAUUGGAGAAGCGAUUGAAGCCUACCCGAAAAGCGCCCGCAUCGACUGGGUGCGUGAGUGGCCGGGACAGACUGUGCUGUGUGUCUCGCAGACCUACUGGACACGAGACAUUCACAAUGCCAUCAAAGCAGGCCAGAAGGCUCUGCAAGAGUACCUGGAGUUGAAUAACAAGCAGAUUGCUGACAUUGUGACUCUAGUUCGAGGGAAGCUGUCCAAGCAGAACCGCAUCUCUCUGGGAGCGCUGGUCGUGCUGGACGUUCACGCUCGGGAUGUGCUGGCAGCACUGGUCAAUAAAAAAGUCAGCGACGAGAAUGACUUUGAGUGGCUGAGCCAGCUUCGCUACUAUUGGCUGGACGAACAGCUGCAGACAAAAAUGAUCAAUGCUGGCUUGGCCUAUGGCUACGAAUAUCUAGGCAACACACCUCGCCUGGUCAUCACGCCCCUCACUGACCGCUGCUACAGGACUCUGUUCGGGGCCUUGAACCUUCACCUGGGUGGGGCCCCCGAGGGGCCGGCCGGCACAGGGAAGACAGAGACAACCAAGGAUCUGGCCAAGGCUGUCGCCAAACAGUGUGUGGUCUUCAACUGCUCGGAUGGGCUUGACUAUAUUGCACUGGGAAAGUUCUUCAAGGGUUUGCUGUCCUGUGGUGCCUGGGCUUGCUUUGAUGAGUUUAAUCGGAUCGAUUUGGAAGUGCUUUCUGUUGUGGCACAGCAGAUUCUUACCAUUCAGAGAGGCAUCUCUACUGGGUCUGAUACCCUGGUGUUUGAAGGCACUGAGCUCAGACUGGACCCUACCUGUGCCGUCUUCAUCACAAUGAACCCUGGCUAUGCGGGCCGCUCCGAGCUGCCCGAUAACCUAAAGGCCCUGUUCAGGACAGUUGCUAUGAUGGUGCCUGACUACGCCAUGAUUGCGGAGAUCGUGCUGUACUCCUGCGGCUUUGUCACGGCUCGGCCCCUCUCGGUGAAGAUCGUGGCCACAUACCGGCUCUGCUCCGAGCAGUUGUCCUCCCAGCACCACUAUGAUUAUGGCAUGAGGGCUGUCAAAUCUGUCCUCACUGCCGCAGGAAAUCUAAAAUUAAAAUAUCCAGAUGAGAAUGAAGAUAUUUUAUUGCUGAGGUCUAUCAUUGAUGUUAAUCUGCCGAAGUUUCUGGCUCAUGAUUUGCCACUGUUUGAGGGCAUCACAUCGGACCUGUUCCCGGGGGUGAAGCUGCCAAAGCCAGAUUACCGAUUGUUGCUGGAAGCGAUCCGGGAGAACUGCGAGAAGAUGAACCUGCAGCUGACAGACUUCUUUGCUGAGAAGAUCCUGCAGGUCUUCGAGAUGAUGAUCGUGCGUCACGGCUUCAUGAUCGUUGGGGAACCCUUCGGGGGGAAGACCUCCGCCUACCGCGUCCUGGCUGCUGCACUCAGCGAUAUCUGUGAGAAGGGUUUGAUGGACGAGAACAGGGUGCAGAUCACAGUGAUUAAUCCCAAGUCCAUCACUAUGGGUCAGCUGUAUGGGCAGUUUGACCUGGUAUCCCACGAAUGGUCUGAUGGGAUCUUGGCCGUCAGUUACAGAGCCUUUGCUAUAUCACAAACUCCAGACAGGAAGUGGCUGAUCUUUGACGGGCCAGUGGACGCAGUGUGGAUUGAGAACAUGAACACUGUGUUGGACGACAAUAAAAAGCUGUGCCUGAUGAGCGGAGAGAUCAUCCAGAUGUCCCCGCAGAUGAGUCUUAUCUUCGAGCCAAUGGAUUUGGAGGUGGCCUCGCCUGCUACUGUGUCCAGGUGUGGUAUGAUCUAUAUGGAGCCCCACAUACUGGGCUGGAGACCCCUCAUGGUGUCCUGGCUUAACACCUUACCUCCCUCAAUCCGUCAAAUGCACAAGGACCUCAUCAUGGGCCUUUUUGACAGGAUGCUGCCAGCCUGUCUGCAGUUCAUUCGCAAAGUAACAAAGGAACUUUCUCCAACUUCGGAUACCAACCUGGUUCAUUCCCUGAUGAAUCUCAUGGACUGCCUGAUGGAUGAGUUUACAGAUGAAUCCAAGAUAAAAAGCAUGAAUGAACGAGAUGUCUGCUCAUGGCUGGAAGGGAUCUUCGUCUUCUCCCUGGUGUGGUCAGUGGGAGCCAGCGGCCAGGAGGAUGGGCGCGUAAAGUUUGACAAGCUGGUGCGUGAGAUCCUGGAAGGGCCCCUGAGUGAGGAAACAAAGAUGCGAUACAACAUCCUGCAUCACGUGGAGCCCCCAGCCAAGCAGCUGACUGUACCCGUGCCCAAGGAGGGCACCAUCUACGAGUACAAGUUCAUCAAAGAGGGCUCAGGAAGAUGGGAGCUGUGGACUGAAGCUCUGGCAUCGGCCCCUGCGAUUCCACGGGAUGUGCAGUUCAAUGAAAUCAUUGUGCCCACCCUGGACACGAUCCGAUACACAGCACUGAUGCAGCUCCUGACAACACAUCAGAAGCCAACCGUGUUCAUUGGGCCUACGGGCACCGGCAAGAGCGUCUACAUUAUUGAUUUCCUGUUAAAACACCUGGACAAGAAUGUCUACAACCCUCUGCUCAUCAACUUCUCAGCUCAGACCACUGCAGCUCAGACCCAGAACAUCAUCAUGUCCAAGUUGGAUAAGAGGAGGAAGGGGGUGUACGGGCCCCCUCUGGGCAAGAAAACGGUGGUGUUUGUGGACGACGUGAACAUGCCUGCUCGGGAGGUGUAUGGUGCCCAGCCCCCUGUCGAGUUGCUGCGUCAAUGGCUGGACCACUGGAACUGGUACGACCUGAAGGACUGCUCCAUGAUCAAGCUGGUGGAUAUCCAGAUUAUGUGCGCCAUGGGGCCACCAGGUGGUGGCAGAAACCCAAUCACUCCGCGUUUCUUACGGCAUUUCAACACUGUUACCAUCAAUGAGUUUGAUGAGAAAUCAAUGUAUACCAUCUUCUCCAGGAUUCUAGACUGGCAUCUUGCCAUACGGUUCAGCUUUCCUAAUGAGUUUGCAGUGGUGACUCCACAGGUAAUCCACGGCACCAUGGCAGUGUACAAGGAGGCCGCCAAGAACCUGCUGCCCACACCAGCAAAGUCUCACUACCUCUUCAACCUGCGAGACUUCUCCCGUGUCAUCCAGGGUAUCUGCCUUUCCAGACCCGAGACUAUGGACUCCCCAGUGGCUAUCAAGCGCCUCUGGGUUCAUGAGGUGAUGCGUGUGUACUACGACCGUCUGGUGGAUGGUCCGGACCGUGCCUGGCUGGUGGGCUACCUGCAGGAAGUAAUGAAGAGCCACAUGCGCGAGGACUUCCAUCAGAUCUUUCAGCACCUGGACAUCGACGGGGAUGGGAGAGUGACAGAGGACGACCUGCGUAGCCUGAUGUUCUGCGACUUCCAUGACCCUAAGGGGGAGGACCACAACUACCGCGAGGUGAGCAACGCAGACCAGCUGCGCCAAGUGGUGGAGUCACACCUGGAGGAGUUCAACAACCUCAGCAAGAAGCCCAUGAACCUGGUCCUGUUCCGCUUCGCCAUUGAGCAUGUCUGCAGGAUCUCGCGGGUGCUCAAGCAGCCCCGUGGCCACUGUUUGCUGGUAGGGGUGGGCGGCAGCGGACGGCAGUCUCUUACUCGCCUUGCCGCCCACAUGGCGGAUUCUGAGCUCUUCCAAGUGGAGCUCGCCAAGAGCUAUGGCUCCAACGAGUGGCGGGAGGACCUGAAGCACAUCUUGCGCAAAUCGACGGAGGGAGAGUCCCACGGCGUCUUUCUCUUCACCGACACCCAGAUCAAGCAGGAGUCCUUCCUGGAGGAUGUCAGCAACCUGCUGAAUACAGGCGAGGUGCCCAACCUGUUUGCUGUGGAUGAAAAGCAAGAGAUCUGCGAGCGCAUGCGGGUGCUAGACCGGCAGCGGGAUCGUGACAGUCAGACAGAUGGCACCCCCUUGGCUCUCUUCAAUAUGUUUCUGGAGCGCUGCCGCAGUCAGCUGCACGUGGUGCUGGCCAUGAGCCCCAUAGGGGACACCUUCCGAGGCCGGCUACGACAAUUCCCUGCACUUGUCAACUGCUGCACCAUCGACUGGUUCCAGACCUGGCCAGAGGACGCCCUUCAGGCUGUAGCCUCUCGUUUCUUGGAAGACAUCGAGAUGUCCGAGGACACGCGCACUGGCUGCAUCGACAUGUGCAAGAGCUUCCACACCUCCACCAUCACACUGUCCUUGCGCUUCCGCACAGAACUGCAGAGGCACAACUACGUCACCCCCACCUCCUACUUGGAGCUCAUUUCCACCUUCAAGGCCCUGCUCGAGAAGAAGAGAAGCGAGGUGAUGAAGAUGAAGAGGCGCUAUGAGGUGGGUCUGGAGAAGCUGGAGUCAGCAGCCACCCAGGUGGCUACCAUGCAGAUAGAGCUGGAGGCGCUGCAGCCACAGCUGAAGGUGGCCAGCAGGGAGGUGGACGAGAUGAUGGUGAUCAUUGAGAAAGAGUCCAUUGAGGUGGCCAAGACUGAGAAGAUCGUCAAGGUGGACGAGGCAGUAGCCAAUGAGCAGGCCAUGGCAGCCAAGGCCAUUAAGGAUGAGUGUGACGCUGAUCUUGCCAUCGCUAUGCCCAUCCUUGAGUCUGCUCUGGCUGCUCUAGACACGCUCACCACGCAGGACAUCACAGUGGUGAAGUCGAUGAAGAGCCCCCCUGCUGGAGUGAAGGUGGUGAUGGAGGCGAUCUGUAUCCUGAAGGGGAUUAAGCCAGACCGUGUCCCAGACCCCUCGGGCUCAGGCAAGAAGGUGGAGGACUUCUGGGGUCCUGCCAAGAAGCUGCUGGGGGACAUGAAGUUUCUGCAGUCCCUCCACGAGUACGACAAGGACAACAUCCCCGCGGCCUACAUGAGCAUCAUUCGCAAGCAGUACAUCACCAACCCAGAGUUCGUCCCUGAGAAGAUCCGCAAUGCCUCCACUGCUGCGGAGGGGCUCUGCAAGUGGGUCAUUGCCAUGGACUCCUAUGACAAAGUGGCGAAGGUGGUGGCCCCAAAGAAGGAGAAGCUGGCCGUGGCGGAGGGAGAGCUUAAGGUAGCCAUGGAGGGGCUGCGAAAGAAACAGGCCGCUCUCAAAGAGGUCCAGGACAAGCUGGCCAAGCUGCAGAGGACACUGGAGUCCAACAAAACAAAGAAAGCUGACCUGGAGAACCAGGUGGACCUGUGUAGUAAGAAGCUGGAACGAGCAGAGCAGCUGAUCGGUGGGCUGGGAGGAGAGAAGACCCGUUGGAGUGUGACAGCCAAACAGCUGGGGAUUCAGUACAACAACCUGACUGGAGACAUCCUCAUCUCCUCUGGGAUUGUGGCAUACCUAGGGGCCUUUACCUCCAUCUACAGACAGACUCAAGCAUGUGAGUGGGCUGCUCUGUGUAAAAGCCGUCACAUCCCAUGUUCAGAAGAUUUUUCCCUCAUGGGCUGUCUGGGGGAGCCUGUGAAAAUCCGUGCCUGGAACAUUACGGGCCUGCCCUCGGACAGCUUCUCCAUUGACAAUGCCAUCAUCAUCUCAAAUGCUAGAAGGUGGCCUCUGAUGAUAGACCCCCAGGGACAGGCCAACAAGUGGGUGAAGAACAUGGAGAAAGCCAACACCCUCCACAUCAUCAAACUGAGUGACUCUGACUUUGUGAGAACGCUGGAGAACUGCAUUCAGUUCGGUACACCUGUCCUGCUUGAAAAUAUUGGGGAGGAGCUGGACCCCAUCUUGGAGCCGCUGCUGCUCAAGCAGACCUUCAAACAGGGGGGCAGUGUCUGUAUUCGGCUGGGAGACUCCACCAUCGAGUAUGCCCCGGACUUCCGCUUCUACAUCACCACAAAGCUGAGGAACCCACACUAUCUGCCUGAGACCUCUGUCAAGGUGACCCUGUUGAACUUCAUGAUCACCCCUGAGGGCAUGCAGGACCAGCUCCUCGGUAUUGUGGUGGCACGGGAGAGACCCGACCUGGAGGAGGAGAAGCAGGCGCUCAUUUUACAGGGCGCAGAGAAUAAGAGGCAGUUAAAGGAGAUUGAGGACAAGAUCCUGGAGGUGCUGUCGUCAUCAGAGGGCAACAUCCUAGAGGAUGAGACAGCCAUCAAGAUCCUGUCGUCCUCCAAGGUCCUGGCCAACGAGAUCACGGAGAAGCAGACUGUGGCCGAGGUGACGGAGAAGAAGAUUGAUGCCACGCGCCUGGGUUACCGGCCCAUCGCUAUCCACUCCUCCAUCCUGUUCUUCUCCAUCGCAGACUUGGCCAACAUCGAGCCCAUGUACCAGUACUCCCUCACCUGGUUCAUCAACCUCUUUACCAUGUCCAUCGAGAACUCGGAGAAGUGUGACAACCUCGACACCAGACUUCAGAUCUUGCGAGAUCACUUCACCUACUCUCUGUACGUCAACGUGUGCCGCUCGCUGUUUGAGAAGGACAAGCUGCUCUUCUCUUUCUGUCUCAACGUCAACCUGCUGAAGCAUGAGAAGAUGAUUGAUGACAGUGAAUGGAAGUUCUUGCUGACAGGAGGGGUGGGGCUGGAUAAUCCCCACCCUAAUCCCUGCACCUGGCUGCCAACAAAUUCCUGGGACGAGAUCUGCAGGGUGGACAGUCUGGUGGCCUUCAAAUACAUCCGCAGGGACUUUGAACGUCUGAAGGAGGGCUGGAAGCAGGUCUAUGACAGCAUGGAGCCACAUCACGUGCCGUUCCCUGAGGAGUGGCAGGAUAAGCUGGGCGAGUUCCAGAGGAUGCUGAUGAUCCGCUGCCUGCGGCCGGACAAGGUGAUCCCCAUGGUGCAGGAGUUUGUGGUUCACAGCCUGGGGCGCAAGUUCAUCGAGGCUCCCCCCUUUGACCUGGGCAAGGCGUUUGGAGACAGUCACUGCUGCGCCCCCCUCAUCUUCAUCCUCUCCCCUGGCUCUGACCCCAUGGCUGCGCUACUGCGCUUCGCUGACGACCAGGGUUUCGGAGGUGCCAAAUUGAGCUCUCUGUCUCUGGGUCAGGGUCAGGGCCCCAUCGCCAUGCAAAUGAUUGAGAAGGCUGUCAAGGAGGGCACCUGGGUGGUGCUGCAGAACUGCCACCUCGCCACCUCCUGGAUGCCCAUGCUGGAGAAAGUCUGCGAGGAGCUGAACCCUGACACUACUCACCCCGACUUCCGGCUUUGGCUGACCAGCUACCCCUCUGCCACCUUCCCCGUCUCAGUGCUGCAGAACGGUGUCAAGAUGACCAACGAGGCACCCAAGGGCCUACGCGCCAACAUCGGACGCUCUUACCUCAUGGACCCCAUCUCAGACCCCGAGUUCUUCAACAGCUGCAACAAGCCGGGUGCGUUUAAGAAGCUGUUGUAUGGGCUGUGUUUCUUCCAUGCCCUGGUCCAGGAAAGACGGAAGUUUGGUCCUCUGGGUUGGAACAUCCCAUAUGAGUUCAAUGAGACAGACCUGCGAAUCUCUGUCCAGCAGCUCAACAUGUUCCUCAACCAGUACCAGGAGGUCCCAUUCGAUGCUAUCCGCUACAUGACGGGCGAGUGUAACUACGGGGGCCGUGUGACUGACGACUGGGACCGGCGCAGUCUGCGUGCCAUCCUCUCCAAAUUCUACAACAGCCAGAUCACAGACAAUCCCGACUACAAGUUCGACUCCAGCGGCCUCUACUACUGUCCUCCCGAGGGGGAUUACAACAGUUACAUCGAGUACACCAAGACACUGCCCCUGAACCCAACCCCAGAGAUCUUCGGAAUGAACGCCAAUGCUGACAUCACCAAGGACCAGACAGAGACCAAGCUCCUCUUCGACAGCAUCCUGCUGACCCAGAGUGACAGCACUUCGCGUUCCUCUGGGGGAGACGCCAAGUCCUCGGAUGACAUGGUGUUCGAAGUGGCGGCUGACAUCCUGAGCAAGCUGCCAGCUAACUUUGAUGUGGAGGCUUCCAUGCGCAAAUACCCGACCACCUACACCCAGAGCAUGAACACUGUGCUUGUGCAGGAGAUGGGCCGCUUCAACAAGCUGCUGCAAACUAUCCGGGACUCCUGCAUCAACAUACAGAAAGCCAUCAAGGGUCUGGUAGUGAUGUCUGCAGAGCUGGAGGAGGUGGUGAACAGCAUCUUGAAGGGGCGCAUCCCGGGAAUGUGGAUGAAGAAGUCCUAUCCCAGCCUCAAACCGCUGGGCAGCUAUGUUAAUGACUUCCUGGCCAGACUCAAGUUUCUGCAGGACUGGUAUGAUCAUGGCACCCCCUCUGUGUUUUGGCUGUCUGGGUUCUUCUUCACACAAGCCUUCUUGACGGGCAGCCAGCAGAACUUCGCUCGCAAGUACACCAUCCCUAUCGACCUGCUGGGCUUCGACUAUGAGGUGCUGGAGGACAAGGAGUACCACCAGGCCCCUGACGACGGAGUUUAUGUCCGAGGCCUGUUUCUUGACGGGGCUCGUUGGGACAGGAAAAAGAAAGUUCUGGUGGAGUCUCAUCCCAAAGUCCUGUACGACACUGUACCUGUGAUGUGGCUGAAGCCUUGUAAAAGACAGGACAUUCCCAAGCGCCCAAGCUACUUAUCCCCUGUUUACAAGACCAGCGAGAGGAGAGGCACUCUGUCCACCACCGGGCACUCCACCAACUUCGUCAUCUCCAUGACCAUCCCCUCCGACAUGCCAGAGGAGCACUGGAUCAGCCGUGGAGUGGCUCUCAUGUGCCAGCUGAACUCUUAGCAGCCUGACAUGAAGCAAACUAUGUGCACUUUUAUAACUUCGCAUGUCAUUUAAACUUGGUGCCUAAAAUAUUUGUUUGUGCAUUUGUCACGU